AUGAAGUCCUUUACGAUCCUCGCACUGGCCGGUCUGGCCGCCGCCCAGUUCGCCCAGCUGCCUACCUGCGCCCAAUCGUGUGCCAACAAGUUCCUGACCGGCGGCAUUGGCAACUGUGGCUCCGACGCCAAGUGUAUCUGCUCCGACAAGAGCUUCCUGUCGGACAUUGCCUGCUGUCUGGCGGCCCCCGGUGGCUGUGACGCCGCCGACCAGAGCUCUGCCGUCGUCUUCGCCUCGCAGCUGUGCGCCGCCCAGGGCGUCACCGUCCCCUCGGCCGUCACCUGCACGUCUACCGCCGGCGGCAGCGGCACCGCCGCCACGGCCACCACCACCACGGGCUCCGGCACCCCCACCGAGACCAGCGGCGCCGCUGCUACCAAGACCGAUUCCACCAGCGCCACCGCCACGGGCGCCACCACCUCCCCGGCGACGACGGCCGCCGCUGGCACGACCUCGUCCAAGUCGACCAACUACGCGCCCCGCGAGUCGGCUGGUGUCGGUGCUGGCCUGCUCGGCGGCGUCGUCGCUGCUCUGGCCCUGCUGUAA